CCCGCUGAUACCCAUUGCGCGCCGGCCUCAAGAUGGCCGCCUUCUGGCGUCUCCGGCGCUGUUGAAUGGCGAAAGCUUUAUUGUUCCCUUCGGGCAGGAGUGUUCGUGUCCUCUAUGGCGCUGUCAAUAAAGAACGGCAGUUUGAAUCGGUGCUGAACAGAAAGACAGUGGAUUCCUGUGUUUAACCGUACAGAACUCCAUGCCAGACUGCCCGAUUUUGAACUUCACUCUGCCACAUACUAGCUGUGUGGCCCUGGGGACAGUGAUUUGCCCUGUGACCUUUCUUCUCUGACGAAUUAAAGAAGAGUUGUUGAUUUCUCAGUUUGUUCAACUUUGUUUACUUUUAGGACGUGGCGACUUCUAAGCUCCUGACAUGCCAGAAUGGAAACUGAAACUCUGAAAUAUUUUUAUUUAUAUUUUUACCUGUCAGUUUCAAUGUCAGCAAAUGUAGAAAUGGUGAGAUGUAAAGAGAAUCAUCCAUAAUCCUCUAACAAAGGGCCUGUCCUCCCAAGGCAGACUGUAGGAGAAGAGAGGAAGAGGAGUUCUUGGGGCAGAGUUGGCACGAUGGAGCUCCCCAACUACAGCCGGCAGCUGCUGCAGCAGCUCUACACUCUGUGCAAGGAGCAGCAGUUCUGUGAUUGCACCAUCUCCAUUGGUACCAUUUACUUCAGGGCUCACAAACUUGUCCUGGCUGCUGCCAGCCUCCUGUUCAAAACCCUGCUGGAUAACACGGAUACCAUCUCCAUCGAUGCAUCUGUGGUGAGCCCCGAGGAGUUUGCCCUCUUGUUAGAAAUGAUGUACACGGGCAAACUACCUGUGGGCAAGCACAACUUCUCCAAAAUCAUCUCCUUAGCAGACAGUCUGCAGAUGUUCGAUGUGGCUGUUAGCUGCAAAAACCUUCUGACCAGCCUUGUAAACUGCUCUGUUCAGGGUCAGGUGGUAAGGGAUGUCUCUGCGCCAUCCUCAGAGACGUUCAAGAAGGAACCAGAGAAGCCUCAAGUGGAAAUCCUUUCAUCCGAAGGUGCUGGAGAGCCUCAUUCUUCCCCAGAGGCUUCUGCCACUCCAGGGGGCCCUGUGAAAGCUGAGACCGAGGAAGCAGUCUAUGCAGUUUCACAAGAGAUGAGUGUGAAUUCUCCCAUAGCCCAGGAGAGCCAGAGGAAUGCAGAAACCCCAGUGGAGACUCUUAAUACAGCUGAAGUUUGUUCCCCUUCCCCGGCUGUGCAAACCUCUAGUGAGGCAAAGGAGACAAGCACAGAACCAGCAUGUGAAAGGCAACAUGACCAGCUGAAUUUUCUUCUAGAAAAUGAAAGUAUCUUCUCAGAAGCACUCAUGGUUACCCAAGAUGUUUUAAAAAAACUAGAAGCGUGUUCAGAAAUUAAAGGUCCACAGAAGGAGACUAUAGUGAAAUGUCUGGAGGGUGGAGGAGAACAUUCAGCAUUCCAGAGAAUCCUGGGUAAAGUAAGAGAGGAGAGCCUGGAUGUUCAGACGGUCGUGUCCCUGUUGAGGCUGUACCAAGAUUCUAAUCCUGCAGUAAAAACAGCACUAUUAGACAGGAAGCCAGAAGAUGUAGACGCAGUGCAGCCAAAAGGGAGCACAGAGGAGGGAAAGACCUUGUCUGUUCUGUUACUAGAACACAAAGAGGACCUGAUACAGUGUGUAACACAGCUGAAGCCUAUUAUGGAGUUCCUCGAAACAGCCAAGGAGGAAUUCCUGACUGGCACUGAAAAAAGGGUGAUUCUGAAUUGCUGUGAGGACAGAACACCCAAGGAGACAAUAGAAGAUUUGUUGCACAGAAUGACUGAAGAGAAGACCCUGACUGCUGAGAGUUUGGUAAAACUCCUCCAGGCUGUGAAGAUGACUUUCCCAAACCUGGGCCUUCUGCUAGAGAAGUUGGAGAAAUUAGCCACUUUGCCAAGCGCCACAGUCCAACCAAGCCCUGAUGAUUAUGGGACUGAGCUGUUGAGACGCUAUCAUGAAAACCUCUCUGAGAUUUUCACAGACAACCAGAUAUUAUUAAAGAUGAUCUCACACAUGACAAGUUUAGCCCCUGGAGAAAGAGAGGUCAUGGAGAAGCUUGUGAAACGUGACUCUGGUUCAGGUGGUUUCAGUUCCCUGAUAUCAGCGGUUCUGGAAAAGCAGACACUCUCUGCCACAGCCGUUUGGCAGCUGCUGCUGGUGGUUCAGGAGACAAAGCCCUGUUCACUGGACCUGCUCAUGGAGGAAAUAGGAAGGGAGCCCGGUGCCGGUGCUUUCUUCCGGGCAGUGACCACCCCAGAACGCGCCACUUUGGAAACACUCCUGAGGCAUAACCAAUUGAUCUUGGAGGCCAUCCAACAGAAGAUUGAGUGCAGGUUCUGUACCUCAGAGGAGGAGCGCCUGGCAGAGACUCUGAAAGAGAUUCUGAGCAUUUCCUCUGAGACAGCCAGCCCUGAAGCUUCCGUGAGAGCAGUGCUGGGCAGAGCUGUGGAAAGAUCGGUCUCGGCCAUUGAAAUAUGCCACCUCCUGUGCAGUGUCCACAAAUCUUUCCCAGGCCUGCAGCCCGUCAUGCAGGAGUUAGCAGACACUGGUAUCCUUACUAAGGAAGAUGGAGAGAAGGAAACAUGGAAGGUGAGUAAUAAAUUUCACCUUGAAGCCAACCACAAAGAAGAUGAAAAGGCAGCCAAGCCAGCCAAAGAAGACAGCCGGCCUGGGGAACAGAACGAUCAAGGAGAGACUACUUCCUUGCCAGGACAGCAAGAGAAAGAGGCUUCUGCCUCCCCAGACCCCGCCAAGAAGAGCUUUGUCUGUAAGGCCUGUGACAAAAGCUUCCAUUUCUAUUGCCGCCUGAAGGUGCACAUGAAGCGCUGCCGCGUGGCCAAGAGCAAACAGGUGCAGUGUAAGGAGUGCAGCGAGACCAAGGAUUCUAAGAAGGAGCUGGAGAAACAUCAGCUGGAGGCCCAUGGUACAGGCGGAGAGGCUGACGUCCCCAAGAAGAAGAAAAAGAGGCUUCCAGUGACAUGUGACCUCUGUGGGAGAGAAUUUGCCCAUGCCUCAGGCAUGCAGUACCACAAGCUGACGGAGCACUUUGACGAGAAGCCUUUCUCCUGUGAAGAGUGUGGGGCGAAGUUUGCAGCCAAUUCCACCCUGAAGAACCACCUUCGCCUUCACACCGGAGACCGCCCGUUCAUGUGCAAGCACUGCCUCAUGACCUUCACCCAGGCCUCCGCCUUGGCCUAUCACACCAAGAAGAAGCACUCGGAAGGGAAAAUGUAUGCGUGCCAAUACUGUGAUGCUGUGUUUGCCCAGUCCAUUGAGCUGUCCCGCCACGUGAGGACCCACACCGGGGACAAGCCCUAUGUCUGCAGGGACUGUGGCAAGGGCUUCCGGCAAGCCAAUGGCCUCUCCAUCCAUCUGCAUACCUUUCACAACAUAGAAGACCCUUACGACUGCAAGAAGUGCAGGAUGAGUUUCCCCACUCUUCAGGAUCACCGGAAGCACAUCCAUGAGGUGCACUCCAAAGAGUACCAUCCCUGCCCCACGUGUGGGAAGAUCUUCAGCGCCCCUUCCAUGCUGGAGCGCCACAUGGUGACCCAUGUUGGAGGGAAGCCCUUCAGCUGCGGGAUCUGCAACAAGGCCUACCAGCAAUUGUCUGGCUUGUGGUACCACAAUCGGACCCACCACCCUGACGUGUUUGCUGCUCAGAACCACCGAUCUUCCAAGUUCUCAUCACUCCAGUGCAGCUCCUGUGACAAAACCUUCCCCAACACCAUAGAGCACAAGAAGCACAUCAAAGCAGAGCAUGCAGACAUGAAGUUCCAUGAAUGUGACCAGUGUAAGGAGCUCUUCCCCACGCCGGCCUUGCUGCAGGUGCACGUCAAGUGUCAGCAUUCAGGGUCCCAGCCAUUCCGGUGCUUGUACUGUGCGGCUACUUUCCGUUUUCCUGGAGCACUGCAGCACCAUGUCACCACGGAGCACUUCAAGCAGUCAGAGAGCACCUUCCCCUGUGAGCUCUGUGGGGAACUCUUCACCUCCCAGCCCCAGCUCGACAGUCACCUGGAAUCUGAGCACCCAAAGGUGAUGAGCACCGAAACCCAAGCAGCAGCCUCACAGAUGGUACAGGUGAUCCAAGCCCCAGAGCCGGUGGCCUCAACAGAGCAGGUGAUCACUUUGGAGGAGACCCAGCUUGCCGGCUCGCAGGUGUUUGUGACGUUGCCAGAUUCCCAGGCAUCUCAGGCCAGCUCUGAGCUCGUGGCGGUGACUGUGGAGGAUUUGCUGGAUGGCACCGUGACGCUGAUCUGUGGUGAGGCCAAGUGAGUGGCUGGUCAUCCGCAGAGCCUUUCUGCAUCGGCAGCAGAGAGGCGGCCCCACGGUUUGCCCUUUUUUGCCCUCCAUCCCUGGUGGUCGUGAGUGGUGAGCGUCUUAGCACCAGCCAACAGGUCUCACCUGGAAAACAGACAGAAGCUUCAUUGUUUCCAUAGAAUCGACAGCCUCUGAGCCCUCAACACCAACAGCACCAUCCUCUGUAGCAGACAGGCCUCCUUCCCCACAGGCCUGCUGCUGCAGCCUCUGUGACACUGUCCAUCCCCGAGUGACAUGUGGCUUCUUUCUGAAGCAGAAUCUGAAAGACCAGUGGGAUGGGAGCUGGUGACCAAGGUACCCCAGGAGGUGCGAUGUGCCGGCACCUGUCAGGGCAGAAUGGUGGUUAGAUAUGGGACUCGGCCCACACAGGGGGUUGCGCAUUUUGCCAGUGUCUCUGGCCAUUUAAAGUGAGAGGGGCACUAACGGGCUGUUCAGGGACCUUAGCCUUGAGCACACUUGAUCCCUUCCUCAGUCUUGUCAUCCUACCCUCUGCUGGGGUCCCCCGGCACCAGUGGCCACGCCCUGCACCCUCCUGAUGGCUGUAGGACAGGUAGCCCUCAUUUCCAUGCCUGGUAACCCCUUGUCCGUUGUCAGUCCUUCCCAAGACAAAGCUGUGGAGUUUCUGCUGGAAACUUUUAAUUUAAUGUGAGGCAUCCGGCUGCUAGACAGUCUCUGCCUCUCCAGGACAUUCUUCUUGGUAUUCCUUUCCUGAAGGCUGGUUCCUACAGCUCUUCCUUGUCAUCCUGAUCCCCUUCCUCUAACCAAAGGCUGAAACCUCUGCCUGACCUGGCAGCCUCGCUCCCUCUGGGUCACGUGAUGCAGACCGUGACCAGCACCAGGCAGGCAGUCCUGUCUGCGUGUGGAGGAGCAGCCACGACCGCCCAUGGCUCUGCUCCCGCCUGCUCCCGGCCAUGGGAGUGGCCUGCUGCCUGACCUCCCCCAGGCCGCCACACUUACUGCAGGUCAGUGAUCCUUUGCAGUCUGAAUUUCACAAAUCUUUUUUAUCUUCAGUUCCUAAAUAUAAUCUGAUAAUUAAUGGUUUGUGGAAUCCAUUAUGAAGUGCAAUUAGAUAGAUGCAGGUUCCUGCCGUUUGGAGAGAAUGACUAGCAUUUAUCUUCUUUUCCUUCCAUGCCAAAAGGUUGGAGUUCGCCGGUGCGGUGUUUACACACCAGUCAGGGCUCUCUGCCACCUUGUGUGGCUUGACCCCCUGUGGAGGGGAGUGCCCAUUUGGAUCCCACACUGGCAGAGAUGGGGCCACCACUUCCUUCCAGGCACAUCUCGCACUGCCAUGUACAGAGGCAGGGCUCAGUGUUUGGUCACCAUGGGAGCUUGUGUUGCUCCCACGUGGUCAGGUCUCACACUGCUUGAAGUGCAGAAGGCAGAGCCUUACUGACCAGCACGCUCACUGGCUGGCAUCUGCUGGCUUUGUGCAGGCAGGCCCGAUGGUUCCCUCUGCGAGCGCCAGCUCCGGCCAGCCUGGGACAGCUCAGCCCAGCCAACUACAUCUGUCUCUGGUCCUGUCCACAUUUUGAUAUGCAGAUCACUUGAUCUUGUCAAUUAGGGCUCUGCCGUUCUGAAAUAAAUGAAGUUUCUAAAGGUGAGUUGGCCUCAGAAGCCAAAAACUGACCAGAAGAUGGUGCUCAAACCUUUAAGACUUCAUCGCCACGUGAAGGGCUCACUGCUUCUACCAAGGCUGUCCCUGGCUUAAGGCUUUUCAGUCCUGGGAACUGUCAGAUCGGGAGAGCUCUUGCUCUGCAAGUGGCGAAAUGGCACUGGAUCUCUCCUUGGCACCAGAGAAAACCCACUGAAAGAUGGUAGUAGAGUGGCACAUGCUUACAGGGCAUUGGUGCCAAGCCCAGUGGAUGAGAAUGUAACCUCUCACAAGCUAUGGGAUGGGGCUUAGGAGCUGCGAUGAAUGUCACUAAAAUUUCUUCCACAGCAAAACAAGAAAUAAUUGCUGAGGGCUUAUAGGGAAAAGUGAUUAAAAAAAAAAAAUACUCUUCAGAAAAAAGAGGGCUGUAAGUUUUGAAUUCAAGUGUCAGGUCCUUUCCAGCACUAAGAAACCCUUUCUCAGGGUUAUUUUUGUUGGGGAGACUGGGUCUUGCUCUGUCUCGCUCUGUCUCCCAGGCCGGAAUACAGUGGCAUGAUCUUGGCUCAGUGCCACCUCUGUGGGCUCAAGCGAUCCUCCUGCCACAGCUUCCUAAGUAGCUAGGACCACAGGCGUGACCACCACCACUGGCCAAUUUUUGUAUCUUUUUUUUUUUGGUAGAGCCAUGUUGCCCAGGUUGGUUUCAAACUCCUGAGCUCAAGCAGUUCUCCCGCCUGGGCCUCCCAGGAUGCUGGGAUUACAGACAUGAGCCACUGUGCCUGGCCAGGUUUCUGCUGGGGACCCAGAUUGUGACAAGACAUUUGUUCUCCUCGGAAUCACCAGAUUUGCAGCUUACUGUGCGGAGAGUGAACAGAGAAGUUGGACUGGCUGCCAGGGCCCGUCGGACGCCCUCUGGUCCAUGGCACACUUGGCAGAAGGCACAAACCCAGUGCUGGUUCUCGUCAAGAAAGAGGGACAGGCCCUUCCCAAGUUUAUUGUCUGCUCUUGGUGGGCUCUGCACUGGCUGACUGAUAAUGUAGUCUUGUUCUCCAGAGAAGCCCAGGCAUCGAUCUGAUUGUAGGACAGCUUUCCAACUCUGCUUGGCCAUUUUACCCUUUUCUCCUGCUUCUACCCCAGAGACCUGGAUUGCUGCCGCAGAGGACAGUGCGUGUGUGGGCUCCUGAGCCCACAUCACUUGCUUCCAUGGGGUCCCGGUGUUAUAUUUGCCUCAUCCCCCAUGGGGUGCUGUUCUUGUGGCCUCUGGGCUGGACUCUGGGGCUUUCGGGAUGGUGUGAGGGAGUCUGUGGGCUUCUUGGAACACAUGGAUUUGUUUGGUGGGUCCCCAGACCUCUGCUCCCAGAGCUGAUGGCCCGGCUGGUGAGGAGGGAAAGGCAGUCAGAUUCCAGGCCAGAGUGUGAUUCUGUGGAAUACUGGGGUCCGUAUGGAACAGGACUUGCCCAUCACAGGUAAGUGAGACAGCAAAUAGGUGAUUCAAGAGUAGGGAUUCGUGCAGGAAGGUGAGACCCCUGCUGUCCACAAGCAUGAGCAGAUCCUGGAACCAGAGGGGCAGGGACAGGGGUCUUUACUCAUUUACUUUAUGUAGUGUGUCUCUUCUGUCUCAGGAGCUUUGUGUUUGGGAAACUGAGCCCCGUGAGUAGCAGACUCUGCGCUGUGCAUACCAGGUUUCCCUGACGAUCUGGGUUGCCGCUGAGGAAGCUUUCUGACUUCCCACCGACCACGGGAAGCACAUCAGCUUCAUCCCUCAGGCUAGAGCUCUGAUAAUCGGGGCUGGGGAAUGAAAUGAAAUCCAGUCAGACAGACAGUGAAUGGGGAGACAGGUCCCUGCUCUUUAUUUGCAGGAUCAAUCAGAUGGGACUCCCAGAAAGGAAAGAGAAUGGUGAGAGAGGGCCCUGAGAGUUCCUGUGUCACCCAGGGGCUGGGAACAUGGUCACCACCAGCUGCAGACAGGCUAAUGGGGUGGCAGGUGUGCCUUCAAACCUCACGUGCCUGGACGCCGUACAUGACCGAGGGAGGGAGGGAAUUACUAACCAUACACGAGUGGGCAGGCAGUUCCGGAGAGGCAAGCAGCAUGGUAUUAAAUUGGGCCUAGACAGUUGGACGGUGAUGGAGAAAACGCAGGGAUGCUGUAAUGAGUCCUCCCUGAGGGCGAGUUCACACCCAGCCCUGUCCUGCUUAUAUCCCAGUGAUCCUCAGGAGGUAGGAAGAACAUGGGAGUAAGAGAACCAUUUGGGGCUGAAGGGGGUGUCAGAGGCAAGCUGAUCCUUGUCUUGUUGUCACGGAAACUUUGGGGCUGGUGGGAUUUAGGCCAAAAGCUCAGAAGCACAGCCAAUAUUUAGAAACUUGCUACUCCUACGACUCGGCCUAUAAGGGAGAAAGAAGCUGUCUGUACUUUGGGGACUACACUGUUGAAGGAAAAAAAAAUCACUCCCUGGCUAAUUAAGAUUGCUUCCAAAUUGGGGGAAGGUUUGUCAUUUCCUUUACCAAGGCCAGUCAGCCCUGCUUCCCACCCAUGGCCAGCACAGCCAGCCCCUACGUGAUGCUGUAUAAAUUAGAUUACAAACCAUAUUCAUGUUCAACUUGCACUAAUCUAUAUAAAUAAAAUAUGUACUUUGAAAAAAAUUAGGCCACAUGCAUCUCAAAUGGACUGUGAUGUUACAGACCUGCUUUCUCUUUCCUUCUGGGCCAGUAUCAGACGGGGACAGGCUCAAUAGGUCUGGUGUCCUAGUGGCCGUUUGUGUACCUUCAGGCCGUGUUAACAUGGCCUGGGGGAAGAAAGCUCUCCCUUCCCGUGAAGCCUCAUUUCCUAAACCCUCCUUCCCAGGGAGCGAGUGUGGGGCAGGGUUUCAGAGCACAGGCUUUGGUGUCCAGCCUGGUACGUCGCACUAUCCCGCUGUCUAACUGUACGACACUGUGAGAUGCUUCCCCUCUCUGAGCACCCUCCUCCUGGCUCUUAACUUUAUUAUAAAAUGGGGGAAAUGAUUGUGCUUGCCCUACAGAAUUGUAGUAUGAAUUAAAAGUCUGGAUUUAAUGUAUUUACUGUAGAAAAUUUUAGCUUUUAUUAAUAAAAGUUUUUGGCAUAC